UCUCUUCUCUUCAUCCCUUCAUUUUUUAUAAACACUUCUCCUCUCUUUCUUAUGGGGUUUCCUCACACUUCCACACUUUUUCCUUUCGGAACGCGGCGACCACCCAAGACCGCCGCUUCUGAAUUCCCAAACUCUGUAUCUACCUUCGAAAACUGGAAACCAAAAAAACCCCAUAACAAUAUAUAUAAUUCUGACCAUGAAACUAGUGCCACCAUUACUCUUUGAGGCAAUAUUUCUAGCUCUACUCUUUGUCUUCCACCCAUGUUCCGGCCAGUACUCCGACGACGGAGCUAAGGCAGCGGCUCUGCCCCCGGCCGUGGAGGACUGUAAUGGGAUUUUCGUAUCGUACACGUUUAUUUCGAGGGAGAAGGAAUAUCCGCGCCUUAAAAACGUGUCGGCUCAGUCUUGGGCGUUCAAGUCGGAGGUUGCCGUGAUCAACGCCGGGCUGGAAGAGCUCCAGGCGUGGAAGGUGUUUGUUGGGUUUCAGCACCGUGAGAUUUUGGUCUCCGCCGAUGGUGGUGUUGUCGUGAACGGGGGAGAUUUUCCGGUGGAUGUUGGUAAUGGGACUUACUUGUCGGGUUACCCAAUGACUGAUUUGAAAACCUCCAUUGAUACAGCUGGGGACCUUACGCAGAUACAGGCGACGAUUAAAAUCACUGGCACAAUGUUUGGGCUUCGACCUAAAGCUAUUCCCAUGCCCAAAACAAUUAGGCUUGAGAAUGAUGGGUUCAAGUGUCAUGCUCCUCAUUUUCAAGGGACAAGAUCCAUGUACGUAUGUUGUAAACCAGAUCCAAAAUACAAAGCGAGGAAAGCCAAAAAGACAAAGUUCUUGCCUCGUCGAAACAGCGACCUCUCCCUCACAUACGACAUAAUCCAAGCCUACGGCGGGAGCUACCUAGCCCAAGUCACCAUGGAAAACAACCACCCUCUCGGUCGUCUCGACCACUGGAACUUAACUUGGGAAUGGACCAGAGGAGAGUUCAUCUUCAACAUGAGAGGAGCUUACACCCACACCAGAGACUUCUCUGAAUGCAUCUAUGGCCCCGCCGGAAACUACUACAAGGACUUGGAUUUCUCCCAAGUCAUGAACUGUGACAAAAAACCCAUCAUCGCCGACCUCCCGGCCGAGCGAGCUCAGGACGAGAAAGUAGGAAAACUGCCCUUCUGUUGCAGAAACGGUAGCUUGCUUCCGCCAUUGAUGGACAUAAACAAAGCAAAAUCCAUCUUUCAGUUACAGGUCUACAAGCUCCCACCGGACGUGAGCAACCGAACUGCGAUAUACCCACCUCAAAAAUGGCAGAUCGACGGCGUAUUGAACCCGGAAUACAAAUGCGGUGCGCCGAUUCGGGUCGACCCGAGUGAGUUUCCCGAUCCGAGUGGCCUUCAAUCGGUCACCUACGCCAUAGCUAGUUGGCAAGUCGGCUGCAACAUAACUCGACCCAAGCCCAAGCAAUCCCGGUGCUGCGUCUCGUUCUCGUCUUACUACAACGACUCUGUGGUCCCCUGCAACACAUGCGCGUGUGGAUGUUCAGAAGAUCCACAAAACAUAGCCGGAACAUGCGACCCUGAAAAGCCCCCGCUGCUUCUUCCGGCGGAGGCUCUUCUGGUUCCAUUUGCGAACAGGUCGGAGAAAGCUAGAGCUUGGGCUAGGCUGAGACACUUGCCGGUGCCCAAAAAGUUGCCAUGUUCCGAUAACUGUGGGGUCAGUCUAAACUGGCAUAUAAACUCGGAUUACAGGAGUGGAUGGACGGCCAGGAUCACUCUCUUCAACUGGAAACCCGACCCGUUUGAGGACUGGUUUGCGGCGGUUCAGAUGAAGAAAGCUUACCCUGGUUACGAAAAUGUCUACUCCUUUAAUGGAACAAAGCUUUCCAUGAACAACACCAUUUUCUUCCAGGGGUUGAAGGGUUUGAAUUUCUUGAUGGGCGAGACCAACGGGUCGAACCCCAAAACCGACCCGCGAGUCCCGGGUAAGCAGCAGUCGGUGAUCUCUUUUCUGAAGAAGAACACUCCCGGGAUUAAUAUCCGCGGCGGCGAUGGGUUUCCGGCGAAGGUGUUUUUCAACGGCGAAGAGUGCGAGAUUCCGAAAAGUUUUCCGACUGGAAAUUCCGGCCAUAAAGCCGCCGUUAUUGGGCUCUUGCCGAUUUUGCUUGUUUGUGUGUUGACUUUUGUGAUGAUGAUUGACCAUGACCAUGGCUGCCAUUAAUAAUUAUAAAUCAUUUUUGGUGGGAAAGAGUUACAGGAAGAUGAACUCAAAUUAGCAGAAGAUGGAACACAAGAAGAUAUGAUCAUCACCAUUAAAGGACUAUAUGAAGCUUUCUUUUUCUAAGGCAUAAAUUUAAGAUAUUUUGUAUGGAAGUUUUAAUUAAUACUACAAGUAGCUAUACAAGAGCUGUAUUCAUUGUAAAUUUGUUUGAUUUCUUAUUUAUUAGUGUAGUUUUUUCUUUUUCUUUUAGUGAGAAUUCAUAGAAAAAAAGUUUAAUGUAGGAAAGAAAAAGUUUCACCUAAGAAUGAUA